AUGAGCAUCCAAGAAAAGCCAACGGUAUUCUUUGUUCUUGGCGGCCCCGGAUCCGGAAAAGGCACGGCCUGCGCUGCCCUCGUGAAGGAGUUUGGCUACACGCACUUCAGCGCCGGUGACCUCCUCCGCGAGGCGAGCAAAAGCGGGACGAGCGAGGUGGCGAAGAAGAUUGCGGUCAUACUCAAGGCAGGCAGCAUCGUGCCGUCUGAAAUCACAGUGGAGCUGCUGGCGCAUGCCAUUGCAGAAAAUCUGAACCCGCAGGGUUACAUCAUCGACGGGUUCCCGCGCAAGAUGGACCAGGCGCUCAUGUUCGAGGAGGGUAUCGCCCCCGCCAAAGGCAUCUUCUACUUUGACUGCACAGAGGCGACGAUGGAGGCACGCGUGAUGCACCGCGCAACGGAGGGAGCGGGACGGGAAGACGACAACCCUGACGUUCUCCGGCGCCGCUUCCGCACUAACGUUGAACAGUGCAUGCCAGUAGUGGAGCGCUACAGGAGCGAGGGCCGUCUCCACACAAUUGACGCCAAUCGUACUCGUGAGGAAGUCUGCGCUGACGUAAAGCGAGUGAUGAUUGAGCUCGGGGAAGUGCCCCUAUGUGCGUGA